AUUAUAUCUUCAAAAGCCUUAGAUUGGUUGGACAUCACACACAAACAACAACAACAACAAAUAAUUAGACCUACCAAGCCAAGCAAACUCCCUCACACUAACACUAUACCAACCAAGAAAAGCAAAAACUCAAACCAUGGGAGAAAAAGAGAAGAUCAAGAAGAAGAACAACAAGAAGCAAAAACACCAACAUCCAAAUGACCAAAAAACCAAAGAUUUUUCCUUCAAACCAAGUUCAGAAGUGAAAGGUAUUAGAUUUGGAGGGCAAUUUAUAGUAAAAUCAUUCACUAUUAGAAGAGCAAAACCACUUGAACUUCUUAAAAUUCUUGCAUAUCCAUCCACAAAUGACAAAAAUACCCCUAAAACCCCAUUCCCUUCCACAACUGCUUUUUUGCCUACAAAUUUCACAAUCUUAGCUCAUCAUGCUUGGCAUACUUUAACACUAGGCCUUGGUACAAAAAAGUCAAAAAUUCUGGUCUUUGUUUUUGAAUCUGAGGCUAUGAAACUGGCUACUGACAGGAUUUGGGCAUCAGAAAUUCCUCUUGGUGAAGUAAAUAAGAAGCUUAUUAGAGGGCUGUCAGGGGCAGAAAUGGCAAGAUUUAAAUUUAGAAAAGGGUGCAUAACUUUUUAUGUUUAUGCAGUUAGAAAAAUUGGGAAUUUGGGGUUUAAUUGUGCAGAUGAUUUGAGAACUAUUUUACAAUCUGUUGUGUCACUUAAUGAUUUCUUGGAUCAUACUGCUAUGCUUGCUAUGCCUCAUCAAAGAAGUAUCAACUAUGAUCAAGCUUCUGUAACAAUGGCAUUUUAGUCUUUUUUUUUCUUUCUAAAAUUUAUGUUUUUAUAUUAGUUGAAUUUUUCUAUUUUUGUUAAAUAUUUUUUUAGUGAUUAUGACUUGGGGGAAAUUGGAUUGUUUCUUGGGGAUCUUGUGUAUGAAUUUUUAUUUUUAUUUUUAUGGGAAAAUUGUAAUUUUAUAUUAAUAAUUUGGAGUUUAUUUUACUCAACUA